AUGGCACAUUGCUUUGCCUGUGCUUGUGUCAGUUGGAUGCAAGAGGAAACAUACCCAAGGGUAGCAUCAUUGAUCACUGGCUCAAGUUUUGUGGAUCUCAUCAGUGAAGGCACCCCGGGGCUUUUGAUAGUCACAAAGCUCAUGGCGACAAAUCUCCUUUUCGGAUAUUCCUGUUGCUUGAUUGCUGGCAUCGGUUUCGCAGUGAACUACCUGCCGGUCAAGAGCUGUGACGUUGGUGAUGGAAUCUUUUUCUCUGCUGCGAUGUCAGUAGGAAUCCUUCUCGUGGGCUUGCUCACAGGGAUGUUCCUCACCUCAACACCAAAUGUCGAAAUCCCAGCCUUCGAGCCUUUAGCUGCAGCUGGUGGGGCCAUGUGGAUGCUGGGAAAUUUGAUGUGCCCAUACAUCAUCCAGACCAUCGGCCUCGGCCUUGGCCUCACAGUUUGGGAUCUGAGCAAUAUGCUCAUGGGAUGGGUCACAGGCUACUUGGGGCUUUUUGGUCUUCCCAAAGAGCAGGAUGUGAAGCAGCCAUGGGCCAACUUUGUUGGCCUGGUGCUGGCAUCUGUCUCGUUGAUUUUCUUUUCCCUUGCAUCUGCAUUUGAUGACUUCGAACCUGCACGAGAGGUCGAGAUAAAGAACGUAAAUUCGGAAGCCUCAACAGCGGCUUCUUCAUGUGGAGAUUUACCGGACAUCGAAGAUGGGCAGAACGUGCAGAAGCCGACACUGAAACAUGGGGAGCGAGGGGAUGCCGGUUCAGAUUGCGCAAAUCGCAUGAAGGCAAUGUUGGGCUUCUCAAUGGCAAUCCUAGCAGGCGUUUUGUUCGGCUCAACGUUCGAUUUGCCAAUGGAUCUCAAGAAUGGCAUCUUUGGUCCAGACCACAGCCAGCACAUCAUGGACUAUGUGUUGAGCCAUUUCAUCGGUAUCUUUGCUGCAGCUUCGUUUGCCCUUACAGUCUACAUCACGGUCAGGGGGAAGAAGAGCCAGCUGCCACGGCAGCUCAUCGUUCCUUCUUUGGUCUCUGGUGUGAUUUGGGGGAUCGCGCAAGUGGCAUGGUUCCAAGCAAACAUUGAGGCGAAGACCUUGGCACAAGAUCCUCAUCUCCGUUACAGUGCGGUGGGCGCCAGCGCUGGCGCUGCCAUUGUGGGUGCAGGUGGUGCAGCAACAGGACUCACCACUGGGAGCCUUCUCGGAGCGGCAGUAGUCUUCACCUUCGGCCUGUCGAUCCCCUUCUGCGCUGCUGUGGGCGGCGGAGCAGGAUUGGCUGUGGGCGCUGCCAGCGGCGCCACUGCUGGUGCAUUGGCAGGUGGCGCAACAGGCUAUCAAGCGUACAAUCAUCGUCACGAGAUCCGAGCAUCUGCGAACAAGACCUUGGAACAGGUCACGACCAGCGCAGACUUUGUAAAAGCGAGGGCCAACGCUGCGACAUCCUUCCUAUCAGAACGUGCCACUGUGGCCAGGGCCCGUCUCAUGGGAG